UCUUCUCUCAUUAUCUCAAUCUCGUGGUGGAAAGACUUUGAACGUUUUUGUUUGCGAUUUUACCGCAAAAUGACAGCGUUUUUGCCGUCCAAUCUUUUAGCGUUAUUCGCUGCAAGAGAACCUAUACCAUAUUUGCCACCGCUUGAUAAACUUGGCCAUCAGAAGAAACCAUGGCCGUACAUCGGAGUGUCCAACCAUCUUGGGAUGUUUGAGGAUCCAAGUGAAACACCAGCUCCAACCAGAGCAGAAAAUAGAAUAGAAAAAUCUGAACGAAAAAAAAAAGAGAGAAAUGAAAAGAACAAGCUUCAACUGGAACAAGCUUUGGAAGAUUGGGAUCCACAUACAGAUCCUAAUGCUGUAACCGAUGCCUUUAAAACCUUGUUUAUUGGUCGAUUAAACUACGAUACAUCUGAAAGCAAGUUACGAAGAGAGAUGGAAAUCUAUGGCCCUGUGAAAUCUAUCCAAAUGGUGACCAAUACAUCGACAGGAAAACCACGUGGUUACGCAUUUGUUGAAUUUGAACACGAACGAGAUAUGCACUCUGCUUAUAAACACGCUGAUGGCAAGAAGAUUGAUGGUCGACGUAUCGUGGUUGAUGUCGAGAGAGGAAGAACUGUGAAGAAUUGGAAACCGCGGCGUUUAGGUGGUGGUCUUGGUGGCACUCGUAAUGGCCCAGCUGAGAUGAACGUAAGACAUUCAGGUCGUGUAGAGAACUUUGAAAGGUGACGUGACCGUGGUGGUCGUGACAGGGAACGUGAUCGGGACAGAGAUAGAGAUCGGGAUCGGCGUAGAGAUCGUGGAGAACGGGAUCGUAGUGAACGUGAUCGUGGUGAUCGUGAACGAAGUGAUCGUGAUCGUGGUGAUCGUGAACGAAGUGAUCGUGAGCGUGGUGACCGCGAUCGGGGAGAUCGUGAUCGUGGAGAACGUGGUGAUAGAGACCGUGAUCGAGACAGGGAUCGGGACAGGCGUCGUGAUCGAGAAGGUGAACGUAAUCGUGAUGGUGAACGUGAAACACGCGAGGGCGAGCGUGAAGGGGAAAUUCGUGAGCGUGAAGGAGUUCGUGAGCGUGAAGGAGUUCGUGAUGGUGAUAUGCGAGAACAUAAUGAUUUGAAACAGGAACGCGAGGAAGGGGAGCGCGAACGUGAUAGCGAUCGUGAGAAGUAUCGUGAUGGAGAACGUGAGCGUGGUGAAGAUCGGGAAAGACAGCGUGAGGGGGAACGUGAUCGUGAUAGAGAGCGUGAUCGUGAUCGUGAUAGAGAGCGUGAUGCGGUUCGUGAUCGAGAUCGUGAUGGCGAACGUGACCGUGAACGUGGUGGCGAACGCGAUCGUGAGCGUGAUGGCGAACGUGACCGUGAUCGCGAGCGUGAUAGAGAGGGUGAUGGAGAGCGUGAACGUGACCGCGAAAGGGAUGGUGAGCGUGAAAGAGAUCGUUCUGAUCGUGAACGUCGUGAUCGUCACAAGCGUGAUCGUGAUGAAGACGAUGAACGCAAUGGUGAAAGAAAAGAAGACGCAAUAAAGAAAAUAAAAACAGAGGAUGAUGGAUAUUAUGGUUAUCAAGGAAACAUGGAAGCAGGCGAUAAGGAAAAACAAAUGGUGAAACAAGAACCAGUAGAUGACUAUUAUUAAACUAGAUUCAAGCCAUGAAAUAGUGCAAGAAUAGCAAUUUCUUGUAUUUGACUAUUGACUUUACACUGACUUUGUUUUUACAAACGUGUUGUAAUAACUGCUACUCUAUCCAGGAAAUUUUACAACUUCAACUUAAUUUAAAGUUAAAAAAUUACAACCUCUCUUUAAUAUUGCACGCCCAAUGGCAACAGGAAAAGGCAAGACGGAAACAGCUAUUAUUGCUGUCUUAGCAUUUAAAAAUCCCGUCAUUUAAGAAAUACGUGUAUAAAACUGUGCUUGAUUCAACGAGGUUCACCGCCAUGUUUAACAUUGGUCAUCUGGUUUAACCUCAAUUACUCUUUUAACAA